AUGCUGCAGCCAGCAUCCCGCGUCUCUCGCGCAUCAACAUCCUCAUCCUCAUCCUUCCAGCCCAUGACCAGACAGAACACCAUGUCGUCCCACGACGCCCGCUCCAUGCGCCAGUCGAAGCGCAUGUCCGUCACGGCGCUCUACCUGUCCAUGUCCGCAAAGGAGAAGGACCUCGAAAUAUCAGACGAACUGGCAAGGGCGCAAAAGAGCCUGCGGGAACUCAAGUCGAAGAUAUCUACCCAGUCGAAGAAGAACUUCGUCCUCGAAAAGGAUGUGCGGUACCUGGACUCGAGAAUUGCCCUGCUUAUCCAGAAUCGCAUGGCCCUUGAAGAGCAAAACGAGGUCGCAAGCCAUCUCGACGACGCCUCGGAUAUCCAGGAAGGGGCCUUCCCCAACGAUGACAAGACGCAGAAAUACGGCAAUCUCCUCUUCCUCCUCCAGUCCGAGCCCCGUCACAUCGCCCACCUCUGCCGUCUCGUCUCUAUGGCCGAGAUCGACUCCCUCCUCCAGACCGUCAUGUUCACCAUCUACGGAAACCAGUACGAAAGCCGCGAAGAACACUUGCUCCUCACCAUGUUUCAGUCCGUUCUCACCUACCAAUUCGACAACACUCCUGAAUACUCAUCUCUGCUACGGCAGAACACUCCCGUCUCUCGUAUGAUGACCACGUAUACCCGUCGUGGACCGGGACAGGCAUACCUGAAACAUAUCCUGGCAGGCCAGAUCAACUCGCUCAUCGAGCUGCACGACAUCGACCUGGAGAUUAACCCGCUCAAGGUCUACGAGGCCAUGGUAAGACAGAUCGAAGCAAGCACCGGAUCCUUGCCACCGUACCUGGAAAGAGCCGUCACGGCUGAAGUGGCUGCCGAGAACGAGCAGGUCCAGAAUAUUAUUGCGCCCAGGCUCAAGAUGUUGACCGAUCUCGCCAAUAGCUUCCUCAAGACCAUCAUCGACGGCCUCGAAGAGACGCCCUACGGCAUUAGAUGGAUAUGUAAACAGAUUCGCAGCUUGUCUAAACGAAAGUACCCUGAUGCCCAGGACCAUGUCAUCUGUACCUUGAUCGGUGGAUUCUUCUUCCUACGCUUCAUCAACCCUGCCAUCGUCACUCCGCGAUCGUACAUGCUGAUCGAUGGAACCCCCGCCGAGAAACCACGCCGCACACUGACCUUGAUCGCAAAGAUGUUGCAGAACCUGGCUAACAAGCCCUCCUACGCCAAAGAGCCCUACAUGGCCAAGCUGCAGCCAUUCAUCCAGCAGAACAAAGAGCGAGUGAACAGGUUCCUCCUCGACCUCUGUGAGGUGCAAGACUUUUACGAAAGCCUGGAAAUGGACAACUACGUCGCACUCUCCAAGCGCGACCUGGAGCUGCAAAUCACCCUCAACGAAAUAUACGCUACCCACGCCCUGAUCGAAAAACACUGCAACACCCUCGCAUCCGACCAAAACUCUCACCUCCAGGUUCUUCUGCAGGAACUGGGGCCCGCACCGCCCCAGAUGCCUCGCAAGGAAAACCGCGCCAUCCACCUGCCCCUAUUCAGCAAAUGGGAAGCCCCCAUUGACGACCUCACCUCCGCCCUCGACAUCACCCAGGAAGAGAUCUUCUUCAUGGAAGCCAAAUCCACCUUUGUCCAAAUCAUGCGUUCCCUCCCCCACAACACCUCCGUCACCCGCCGCCCUCUCCGCCUCGACCGCAUCGCCGAGGCAGCAGCAACUCUCAAAAACGACGCCGUCAUGGUUCGCAAGGGUAUCCGCACAAUGGAACUCUUGAGUCAGCUUCAGGAGCUCGGCGUCAUCGAUAGAUCAGAUGACUUCUCCCUCCUCCGCGAUGAGGUCGAGCAGGAACUCGUCCAUCUCGGCUCAUUACGUGAAAAGGUUCUCGAGGAACAACGUAAACUUGAGGAAGUCUACCGUACCAUCCGCGACCACAACGCUUAUCUCGUCAAUCAGCUAGAAACUUAUAAAUCGUACCUGCAUAAUGUCCGCAGUCAGAGCGAAGGGAAGCAGCGCAAGACGCAAAAACACCAAGAACUAGGCCCGUAUAAAUUUACUCAUCAGCAGCUGGAGAAGGAGGGUGUCAUUAGACGCAGUAAUGUCCCAGAAAACAGGAGAGCGAAUAUCUAUUUCAUGUUCAAGAGUCCUCUGCCCGGUACUUUUGUCAUCAGUCUGCACUAUAAAGGACGUGCCCGCGGCCUUCUUGAACUGGAUCUAAAACUUGACGAUUUGCUAGAGAUGCAGAAAGACAACCAAGAAGAUCUAGACUUGGAGUAUGUCCAGUUCAACGUCUCUCGAGUCCUCGCGCUGCUCAACAAGCGGUUCGCGAGGAAGAAGGGAUGGUAG